GCCGCUGGUUACGCGAGCAAACAGACGGCAACUCUCUGUAAUACUGCUGCAUCGCUUUCGUCCUCUCCAUGCCUUCUACUGUUAUGGACCACUUUUGAACACAGAUGAUGAAACAACUGUAUCCAAGCGACUGAUGUCGGUUCUCGUUUGGUGGCGCGCGCAUCAUCACCACGAUGGACAGGGCUACUGUAUGCCGUUGAACGAACGCAGGACGUUUUCCUUCGUCCGUUCUCAACAACCUGACGCGGACCCGCCGCCUGUUGUGCCUCGCGACGGGAACUGUAUGUUGUUGAACAUGAUCUGCUGUUUUCUAUGUUUCUGCCUUGUCUUUUGUUUCAACGAAACAUCGUUCCAUAUAUGAGCACGGAUAUGUGUGUGUGAAUGUGUACGGUUGCCUCGAAGUGAGGAAUAAACGUCGCGCUAAGCUUCUGUUGCUACACAAUACCAUCGUCGGUUGUAUGACCUACGUCGAUUGACCAUCGAAAUCUGCAAACUGAAAAUGAACCUCUUUGAAAACUUAAGAAAGUUCUUGACAGCGAUACUUUCAGUGGUAUCGCGGACACCGACCAACGGUGAGCGCAAUGUGACAUCGGUAGACUCUGGCAUAAAUAUGGCAAUCGGCAAUUCAACUAUGGAAGAUAAUCUUGUUUAUGUGGAUCAAUUCCAGAAGCCUUCGAUAGACAUCGACGGAUGUGACCCAUUUUGCGCCGAUGAGAAGCACCCGUUGCCCGAUGAGGUGCAAAUAGAUGUCCUUAUGAAAAAUAUGCCUUUUCUCAAGACGUUUUAUCAAAAGCGAAAACCAGAACUUGCUACCUACACCCCUGGGGUCACCGCAGUUCUACGCGACGAAGACCACUAUAUUCCAUUAUGUGACUCACUCAAAAGGGACUAUAUGCCAAAAGCCGCAAAGGACGUGUAUGGAGUGAAACACUUUUUACUGAAUCCAGACAGCGGCGACUAUCAACAGCUUGUGGAGACUGAGCACUGCAGGGACACCGGCGCAGCAUGCCCAGCCCUCGUCCCGUACUCGCUUCCGAACCAGCGUAGUAUAUGUAGAACCCAUUUUUUCAAAAGGGGGCUAACGGCAAUCAACACGUCGUCACUGGAGCCGUACGAGAUCGUCGUGAAAAUUCCCUCAGGAUGCAACUGUUUUGUGCGACACUCCAUAUCCUCUGACCUGUACAAAGGCAACCCCUGAGAAAAAUCACCACCUAUAAUCAGAAUUAGUCUUUGUUUACGUUACUUGCUCAAUUUUAACAUGUUCAUUUUAGGCAUAGACAAAUAGAAGAAUGUCAGGUUGCUAAUGUUAUGCUGAUUAUUGUCGGUUAUACAACACAAGAUGGCUGCUACACAAAGUAAAAACCAUUUUGUCUCUAUUCAACAUUCACUAGCUUUGUUUUAUAGUUUUCAAGAUAAUUUCAACUAUAUAUACAAAGUACAGGGCAAUUAAUAAAAGCAUCAAGAGUAUUUUUGA